ACUUACUUCUUGCAUACUUAAAUAUCGCCCAGAUUUGAAAUGCAGCAAUAUAUUUCAAAUAUAUGGAGAUAUCGAUUUAAUAUAGUAUUUAAACGCCUGAUAGGGUUAUCCAACUAUAGUUUGGGAAGAAAUAAGUUCAUCUACCCAAAGCUGGAUGAAACUCAAUUGGAAGAAACUCUGACAAGUGGACAUGGUCCUGGGGGACAGUCUGUAAACAAAACAACAAAUUGUGUCGUCUUACGUCAUAAGCCGACAGGAUUGUUUGUAAAAGUAGGUUUCAAUAUAUAUUUAUAUUGUUUAGUCCUAAUUUUGUGUAGUUUUAGUGUCACGAAUCACGGGAUCUUAAUGUUAAUAAAAAAUUGGCUAGAAUAAGACUUCAAGAAAAGCUGGAUUUACAUCAAAACAAAUCGCGUAGUUUACAAUCAAUGGCUAAAAAAGAUGCAGCCAGGAAGCGAGCUCAAAAGGUGAAAAAAACAAACGAACGUCUUCAAAAAUUAGCUGCAUUCAAAGAACGUGAGGGGUUGUCUUGACACGUUCGUGUUGUUUUCAAUAAAUUACUAACAUAUUGUGGUAAAAUAUCAUUUAAAUUUUAAAAUAUAGAGCUUUGAGCAGUUGGUUUCUUAUAGGCAAAGUGUGAGAGAAAAGAAUUAUUAUAAAAAAUAUAUUCCACUAAAGAAAAACUACUGAAGUUCUGUGCUGAAUUUCUUCGUAAUUACCGUUCGAAUUUAGAAUAGUGUCCAUUAUUGCGCAUGCGCAAUCUUAACUUGAGCACGAGCGGAACUUGUCGAAGUCUCGUUCAUUGUCGUUAUAUCGAUAAUAAAGUACUAUCGUCGAUAUAGCAAUAUCGCGAUCUGUUAAUCAAUCUUCAAAAUGUCCUACAACUACAUUGUGACUGCCAAGAAACCGACCACAGUGUCUGCAACAGUAACCGGUCACUUCACAUCAACGGAUGUUAUUAACCUUAUAUUAGCAAGAAAUAGAUUGAUAGAAAUAUAUGAGCUAACUCCGGAAGGAUUAAAGUCAGUAAAAGAGUUCGAAAUUUUUGGAAAAAUUGCAACGCUGAACGCCAUUUUACCAGAUGGAUACGACAAAAAUUUGCUGUUUAUUGUUACUGAGAAAGGUUCAGCAACAAUGCUUGAAUUUGUUCAAAAGUCAUCUGAUCUUGAAAUAAUUACAAGAAGCUAUGGAAAUGUUUUUGAAAGAACUGGAAGGCAAGCUGAAAGUGGAAUAAUUACUUUUGUAGAUCAAGAAAAUAGAUAUAUAUUUAUUAGAAUAUACGACGGUUUAUUAAAAGUUCUUCCAAUAAAAAAUUUGUCGGGAAUUUUUGAAGAGGGAGCAAAAGAAAUAAAUUCUUACAAUAUUCGUAUAAAAGAAUUGGAUAUCAUAGAUGUCUGUUCGUUAUAUAUUAAAGGGGCACCUACUUUUGCAGUUUUAUAUGAAGAUAAUUCUUCGAGGCAUAUUACAACUUACAAGCUUGAUGAAGAAGAAACUGAACUCGAAGAUGGACCUUGGGAGCAACGUGACGUUGAACAGGAAGCAAUAUAUAUUGUUCCAGUUCCUGAACCUAUUGGUGGACUUUUAGUAUUUGGUCAAGUAUCUAUUGCACACCUAAACAAAGGGACGUGUGAAUGCCGCACCCCUGCAGUUAUGCAGAAUCAUUCAAUAACUGCUGUUGAAAAAGUUGAUAAAGAUGGCAAGAGAUUUUUACUUGGAGAUUCCUUCGGAAGAUUAUAUAUUCUCAUAUUAAUUGUUCAUGAGGAUUCUAAUACUGGAGUUAGUGACCUUCAACUAGAAAUUAUUGGGGAAACCAACGUAGCAGACAGAAUAACUUACUUGGACAAUGGAUAUAUAUUUAUUGGAUCUUACUCUGGUGAUGCUCAAUUAAUUAGAUUGCAUAAAACUAAAAACCAAGAUGGAUCUUAUGUCGAAAUAAUGGAAAAUUUUUCAAAUAUAGGUCCUAUUUUAGACUUUGCAGUCGUAGACCUAGAGAGUCAGGGCCAAGAUCAAAUGAUUUGUUGUUCCGGUAAUCUCCAUAAUGGAUCUUUAAGAGUCAUCAGGAAUGGAAUUGGUAUAACUGAAACAGGAAUAAUUGAACUUAGUGGAAUUAAGGGAGUAUGGCCGUUAUCGAUUUAUGAAGAGAAAGAUGAGGAUGUUAUACUUUUGUCAUUCCCAGACGAAACAAAACUGAUCGCUUUAUGGGAAGAGAUGGAAGAGAUAACUAUCACGGGUUUCGAGCAAGAAACGAGGACCCUGUUUGCAUCGAAUGUAAAGUUUGGUCAAAUUCUUCAAGCUACAAGAAAAAAAUUGAUCUUGUGGAAUAAAUCUAAAAGAGAGCAAACUUUUUCUUGGAGCCUGGACGAAGACAAGAAUAUAUCUUUAUGUAAUAGCAACAAUGAACAAGUAGUGGUCGCUUCAGCAGCUAAGUUAAUCUACUUUGAAGUGAGGGAUGGACAUCUAGAAAAAAUGGCAACAGUAGAGUUGCAGUAUGAAAUAGCUUGCAUGGAUGUGACCCCUAGAGAUGGUAGUGACCGAACAGAUGUCGUAUGUCUAGGUGUAUGGACAGAUAUCUCUAUUUAUAUUUUAAGUUUGCCUAAUUUGUCAGAAAUUCAUUAUCAAAAACUACCAGGAGAAAUCAUACCAAGAUCGAUACUGACAACGGUAUUUCAAGAACGACACUAUCUUAUGAUAGCUAUGGGAGACGGAACUUUAUAUUACUUUUUAAUCAGUCCAUUUGAUGGCAAUAUUCACAAUCGUAAAAAAGUGACUCUUGGAACGCAGCCUCUUCAUAUUCGUCAUUUCACAUGGAGGGGAAUUACAAAUGUCUUCGUUUGUUCUGAUCGGCCGACUGUUAUAUUUUCUUCAAAUCAAAAGCUGGUUUUUUCAAAUGUUAACUUAAGGACAGUCAGCUAUAUGUGUUCUAUAAAUUCAAAAAACUACAAGGACACAUUAUUGUUAGUCAGUAAUGAUGGUAUAUUAUUUGGUGAAAUUGAUGAAAUGCAAAGACUUCACACUAGAACCUUUGAACUGAACGAAAGUCCGCGAAGAAUAGCAUAUCAACCGGAGACUAAGACAUUUGCUUUGUUAACCAGCAGACGAGACACGAGGGGAAAGGGCAGUAGACAGACAAACCAUUUGCGAGAAUCUGCUAGCACUGGUUGCUCAAGCGUUACAACAAGUGAAAUAUCACCUAUUAUUCUGAAAAAUUUAAGAAUACCUAAUUUUAAGGAGGGUGAUAUUAUGGAAAUGUUUAAUGUGCUUUUUUUAGAUCAGUAUACUUUUGAAGUCAUUCAUUGUCACAAGUUUCAACCAUACGAAUAUGCUUUGUCAGUUUGUACUGCAAGUCUGGGGAAAAGUAAGGAGACAUAUUUUGUUGUUGGGACAGCAUUCGUUUUACCAGAAGAAACUGAACCUAAAUAUGGCCGUCUAUUUGUUUUUAAGAAUGAGCAGGGAUCUAUUAGACAAAUAUCAGAUGUUGAUGUACAAGGAGCUCCUUAUUCGAUGACUUCCUUUAUGGAUGAUAAAAUUGUUUGUACUAUAAAUGGAACAGUACGAGUUUAUGAAAUGGGAGCUGAUAAUUACUUAAAUUUAGUUUGCUCCUAUUUUAACAAUAUUGUGGGACUCUAUUUAAUAGUAGAUAAAGAACGAAUUUACAUCGGAGAUUUAUUCAGAAGUGUCACUGCCAUAGAGUAUAAACCCGAGACUGAUGAGUUAAAAGAAAUUGCCCGCAAUUAUUCUCACCAAUGGCUAACAACUUUCGCUGUUCCUGAAGCUGACACAGCGAUUUGUGCAGAUCAUUGUUGUAAUGUUUUUGCAUGCACAAGAGAAGAACAAAUGAAUCAAGAUGGAGAACUAGAUACAGAAAUGAAAGAUUGUGGGCUUUUUCACUUAGGGGAUUCCAUCAAUGUUAUCAAAAAAGGAUCUCUUGUUAAACAAGACUUAAUGGAUAGAUCUAUUGAACUUGGAGUAAUGAUGCUUUUCGGCACAAUAAGUGGUGGAGUCGGUGUUGUUGUUCAAAUACCAAAAAACUACUUCGGCCUCUUAAAAGAACUACAAGACAGAAUAGUGAAAAUUGUUGGUAGUGUCGGCAAAAUAACUUACGAUGGGUGGAGAAACUAUAAAGAUGAUAGAGGAGAAAAGCCAUCAUAUGGAUUUAUUGAUGGGGACAUAAUCGAAUGCUUUCUAGAUCUGCCUAUUAUCAAUCAAGAAGAAAUAGUGAAAAAUUUAGAGUUGGAAGAUAAUGGAAGUAGACGUCCAAUUGAACAUCACGAAAUGGUUGGAUUAGUCGAAGAAUUAAGUAGAAUACAUUAA